GUAGGAAGUAAAUACAGACGAGUUGAAGUGCCACUGGAAACAAAUCUGGCACAAUGCUGGAAGGCUACAGCCCUGUGACCCAAGCCCUGCUGGGGACUCUGUUCACCUGGGGUCUGACCGCUGCUGGAGCUGCCCUGGUGUUUGUCUUCUCCAACCGACAGAAGCGCAUCUUGGAUGGAAGCUUAGGCUUUGCAGCUGGGGUGAUGUUGGCUGCUUCGUAUUGGUCACUGCUGGCGCCGGCGAUCGACAUGGCGGAGGAUUCAGGGAAGUACGGCUCAUUUGCUUUCGUGCCUGUGGCUGUGGGAUUCACACUCGGAGCAGCCUUUGUUUACUUCGCUGACCUGGCCAUGCCCCUGCUGGGUGUAGGAACUGACCCCCACACUAUCUUGGCUCUGCCCCCUGACUCCAAACUGGCCAAAGAAAAAGAGGAGGGGCCUUCAUUCCAGCAACUGGAAUCAGACGAGAUGACCAUCAGGAUAGGUAGAGCUGGACCUCUCUCAGAUAAAGCGGAGAAUGGAGAUGUCUACCAGAGGAGAAGAGGACCUUAUUCUGGCAGCUCAGAUGGACAGGAAAGAGGAAAUAAACAACAUGAAGAGGUUGGGCAGACCAGUAGCAGUUGGCGACGAAUUCUACUCCUCAUCCUGGCCAUCACCAUCCACAACAUCCCAGAGGGCUUGGCUGUAGGGGUUGGUUUUGGAGCCAUAGGAAAGACUUCGUCUGCUACCUUUGAGAGUGCCAGAAAUUUGGCCAUCGGUAUUGGCAUCCAGAAUUUCCCAGAAGGCUUGGCAGUGAGCCUGCCGCUCCGAGGUUCAGGGGUCUCAACUUGGACAGCCUUUUGGUAUGGUCAGCUGAGCGGGAUGGUAGAACCCAUUGCUGGGUUGCUUGGUGCCAUCGCUGUUGUUUUGGCAGAACCUUUGUUGCCAUAUGCGCUGGCAUUUGCUGCCGGUGCGAUGGUCUACGUGGUGGUGGAUGACAUCAUACCCGAAGCUCAAAUCAGUGGAAACGGGAAGCUAGCAUCCUGGACCUCCAUCCUGGGCUUUGUAGUGAUGAUGUCACUCGACGUGGGGCUGGGCUGAUGUCGCCAUGACGACCAGGAAAGACCCUCAGUGGCCAUGAUGUCAUCACAGUGAUGCAGACCUCAGUUUUAAACAGGGGACCAAAUGAAGUGUUUCUUUCUGAAACAUUGUUUAUCCAUUUAGUUUAAAUUGUUUCUACUUGAAGUUCACCAGUGAUUUCACAACCAUGGAACUGUUUUACAAACCAAGCUGUAAGGAUGAUUGUACUUGAACAUUUAUCUUUAUUGUGUAAUUUACAUGCUAGCAGUCAUCACCUAAGAGCAGCUGACAUGUGUGUCAUUUUUUUUUCAAAUGUUCAAUAUCUGAUUUAGGAAUGAACUUAUAGAUAUAUCAUGAAUAUUCUUCUGAUUCCACAGCUGGGGAAUGUUUUUUGCAGCUUUUUGAGGUCAUCUUUGAGAACUUGAGAACUUUAUUUUAAACAAAAUUUCUUUUAUGAAAUUAAUUUUCACUUUUCUUCUUCCUGUUUAACCAUAAUGACAAGACUUGGAUCACUUGGCCUUUUCAUUGUUUGACUGGCACCAGCAAAAUGAAUCAAAUGAAAAGUGGGUUGGAAAACUUUCCUUAUGUUAUGAGAAGAGUUAGAUGUUUGUCAUUUAGCUUCAGAAUUAUAUUUUUAAACAAAAAUAUAAAAUUAUUCCAAAUUUUAAUUUUCCAUCUGUGUGUUUUGUGCUUUUAUUUCUACUGUUCUAAUGCUGCCCAUUGGAGUCCACAGUAACUGAGUCACACACCCACAUUAUGCCUUCAUGUUGUAUAGCACAUUAGUACCAUGUAAUAAUUUGUUGAAAAGGGUAAUUAGCCACAAAAACCAAAACCGUUCUUUACACCAGGCUGUAAACAUGUUUACUUCUGAUGUAAAGUUGGGCUUUUUAACGUGGGGGUGUGCUGGCUGACUUGCUUGUGGAAUCUGCCUCAAGUGGCCAGUCAAGGAACUGCAGUUAUUGUCACUUCUGCGUUGGCUAAAUUAUUUAGCCACCAGUGCAAAACACAAAUGUAAAAUUUAGAUAUUCAGGGUUUUUUAUGUUUUUGUUGGAAAAAUCAAACCCUCAAGCAACCACCAACACAGGACCAAUAAAAACUAAAACAAGAGACAACAACAGAAAAAAUGCUGAUGAAAAUUUCCAACCUAUUUUCUAUUUGAUUUGUUUUAAAGUGUGGUUUGGUGUGAAUUGAAGAACUCUGAGCGUUUGGUAAUUGAUAGGACUGCCAGUGAGUUAGCAGAUUUUGCUCACUCCACUCUUACUUCUGCUGUGUCAUCUGUCACCGCAAAACAUCAAAGUACAAUGUGAUUGUUUGAAGCUGCUUGAUAUUCUUCACAAUGUUUAUUUUGUCUGUUUUGUUUCUGCAUCAUAAACCUCUAUGAGCAUCACUUCCAGUAAUUUGUUGACUUCUGCAGUUAUGGUACUUUAUUCUCUUCUGUAACAAACUGAAAAGAACUGAUUUCGUCUGCUUCCAAAUGAGUGCCUUCUUCUUUAUAGGGCACAGACAGUCUCCUGCCGUGUACAGGUCAGUCUGAGGAAUCACAUGUUGUUGUCCAUGUGUGGAUAUUUAAAUCAGUUUAGCCAGUUAACACUGAAUUACAUGUGAAAUAUUUAUACAAUUAAACAACCAAAUGAUUCUCA